CACCCAGCUGCCGUUUUCUCUCGUCGCGCUUAAUAUAACACGUUUAGAAAUAUUUGACGCCGCGGAUUAAAAAUACAAUCGUGUCGAACUGAAUCUGUUUCUGACCGGUGAGUGUAUGUGUUUGUGAAUGACUGAUGUGUGGUGGUGUCUAUAGGCUGCUGCUCGUGCGGGCCGGCUCCAUGUUGAAAGCUAGCUAGCGAGCUAACAAUGAAGGCCUAAUCCGCCGUCGGUGGGAUUUAAACCUCUCCGCACUGGUCCAUGAAAAGAGGACGAAUGAACUCAGGCAUGGCGUCGCAGCUGCAAGUCUUCUCCCCCCCGUCCGUGUCUUCCAGUGCCUUCUGCCGGGUAAAGAAGAUGAAGGUGGAGAGCUGCGCAUGGGAUGCAGAAGCCUACGGCUCAUACGGCUUCAACCCGGCUCCUGCUCUCCCCUUCAGCACCUCGGGCCUGGUCUUUCCACCUGCCUCACGUUGCCAAGUGGUAGUUCGAGCUGCCGACAGCACCGGCAGCCAUGCUCAGGCUUGCCGGGCAUCCCACACCACCCAGGCCUCGGACCUCCACGCCACCCGUGGACAGAGGUACGGUGUGAAGAGGAAGAUCGAGGAGACGGAAAGGUCGACAGGUGUUGACAGUGGCAGCGGAAGCGUUCAGAUCCUCGAGGAGCUUUCAGCACCUGCUUUCUCCGCACGUACUGCUGCUGUUGGCACCACGGCCCAGUCCAUCGCCAAUUCUGCAACAACCACCAAGAGCAGCAGCUCAAACUGUGAAGGGGACUACCAGCUGGUACAGCAUGAGAUAUUAUGCUCAGUGUCUAGCAGUUAUGAAGUGUUGGAGUUCCUUGGACGGGGAACAUUCGGACAGGUGGCCAAGUGCUGGAAAAGGGGCACCAAUGAAAUUGUGGCGAUUAAAAUCCUAAAGAACCAUCCGUCAUACGCACGCCAAGGGCAGAUAGAGGUGAGCAUCCUGAACAGGCUGAGCGCAGAGAAUGCAGACGAGUACAACUUUGUGCGCUCUUACGAGUGCUUCCAACACAAAGGUCAUACAUGCUUGGUCUUUGAGAUGCUGGAGCAGAACCUUUAUGACUUCCUGAAGCACAGCAAGUUCAGCCCGCUGCCUCUGCGUCAUAUCCGGCCCAUCCUGCAGCAGGUAGCCACAGCACUCAUGAAGCUCAAGAGCCUGGGUCUGAUCCACGCCGACCUGAAACCGGAGAACAUUAUGCUGGUGGACCCCAUCAGGCAGCCGUACAGGGUGAAGGUGAUUGACUUCGGCUCAGCCAGCCACGUCUCUAAAGCCGUGUGCUCAACCUACUUGCAGUCCCGCUACUACAGAGCACCUGAAAUCAUCCUUGGCCUGCCCUUCUGUGAAGCUAUUGACAUGUGGUCUCUGGGUUGUGUGAUCGCUGAGCUUUUUCUCGGGUGGCCACUGUAUCCUGGAGCAUCUGAGUAUGACCAGAUUCGUUACAUUUCCCAGACUCAGGGUUUGCCAGCAGAGUAUCUUCUGAGCGCUGGCACAAAGACCAGCCGUUUUUUCCACAGAGGUCCCGAUUCCAGUUAUCCACUGUGGAGGCUGAAGACCCCAGCAGAGCAUGAGGCAGAAAUGGGUAUUAAGUCCAAAGAAGCACGAAAGUACAUCUUUAAUUGCCUGGAUGACAUGAUGCAGGUCAAUUUGUCCUCUCACCUGGAGGGAACUGACAUGCUGGCAGAGAAGGCUGACCGGCGGGAGUUCAUCGACCUGUUGAAACGCAUGCUGCGGCUCGACGCUGAUAAAAGAAUCACUCCCAGCAAGACCCUGGCACAUCCUUUUGUCACUAUGAGCCAUCUCCUGGACUUUCCUCACAGCUCUCAUGUGAAGUCAUGCUUUCAAAACAUGGAACUAUGUAAGAGGAGGAACAGCAAUUACGACAAUGGGAAAGCUCUCUUCGCCGCUAAUGCCGUCCCAGGUGCUGCAGGCAACCUGACUGUGACCUUCAGCAGUCAGCUGAACCAGAACAACCAGGUUCCCUCAGCUGCAGGAGCAGUGCCUCUCCUCAAUUACCAGCCAGCUCUUUAUCAACAGGCCACCAUAAACAUCCCUGGACUGGCCCAAUCCAGCCUCCCCCUUCAGAGCCGCCCACCUCAGUUGUGUGGCCAAAAUGAGCCGUUCCAGCAGACCCUCAUUGUUUGCCCAUCCACUACUAUACAAGGUCUCUCAUCUUCCAAUAAGACCUCCAGUUACCCGGUCAGGAUGGAGACCGGUGUUCCUGUGGUCCAGCAGAGCCAGAACACACAGUCUUUGCAGAUUCAGCCAGGCAUGCUCGCCCAGGGCUCCUGUACGCCGCUGAUGGUGGCCACUUUGCAUCCGCAGGCAGCAGGCAUGCCCAUGGCCGCUCAGUACCCAUUGCCCCUGGCGCUGAGCUGCGGGGCAGGAAGGCCUUCCUUUCUGGAGCAGACAGCCACCGUGCUGCAGGCCUGGCAGACAGGGACACAGCAGAUCCUCUUGCCCUCUGCCUGGCAGCAGGUUCCAGGCAUGGCCGUUCACGGGGCAGGCACAACAUCAGCCCUCACCAAUUCACCACUAGAGACCAUCCUCUCAGAAAACUCGACCAAGCAGACACCAUCCUGGAGGGCAUCUCAUGGUACAGUUCUCCAGCAGAAUCCUCACAUACUGAACUCUGCUCAGUCCCUCGGCUGUGGAGUGUCCAAUGCAGCUCGGCCCUCACAGAGCAAGAGGAACAGGGCUCGAGGCGGAGACACCAAUAACAGCUGUUCGUCGUACCGCGCUGUCCUCUCCCAGCCAAUUAUCAUCUCUGACACACCAAGCCCAGCAGUCAGUGUCAUUACCAUUCACAGUGACUCGGAUGAGGAGGACGAGAGGAAGUUUCAUCCUGCCAGCUGUGGAACCAGUCAGAGAGCCAACGUCAUCAGCUGUGUGACGGUGCUAGACUCAGAUUCCUCCACCGCCAGUCCUCUGACCCCUCUGCCCCGGAACGGCACUGUGGGAACUCAGUCCUCACGUCUAGCAAAGUCUUUAGCGAUUGUUGUUCCGUCAGUGAAAAUGCAGCCCAGUGAAAUCUUAUCAUCUACCAAAGCAGCUUCAGGAGUGCCACAGAGUUCCUACAUUAAACCGAAGAGGAUGGCCACACGUCAGCCCUGCAGCUCAGGAGAGAGUAUUAAUCAGCAAGAACCCAGUAGAUCCCAACCACUCAACCUCAGCCAGACCACAGUAUCAUCAUCUCAAGACUCCACUAGUGGCUCAUCACUGCGGCGCCAACAGACAUACCCACCCUCCUCCUCUCAGUACCGCCUCCAGGAGGCAGUGUCCUUCACCAGUGCUCCUAGCCUUUAUACGUACCCCAGCUCUGCCCCUCGUGCCAUGGAGCAGCUCCUCGUCCACGGCUCGUCUCCUUCUGUCCGAUCGCCGGCCGGCCCCUACGCGCCCGGUCUGAUCCCCAAAGAGCCAGUGAAUGGCGUCGUCCAUGGUUUGCCUGCCCACUAUCAGCAACAUUUCCCAUCCCACCCGUAUGUGGGCCCAAACACCAGCACGACUAGAGGAAGCGGAACUUAUAGCGGCUAUCAAAUCAGUCCCGGUAUAGUUUCUCAGUACCCAUACAUCUGAGAUUUGCUAUGGAAAACUCCUUGAGGCGUUGUGACCACCUUCUCAGACUUUCCCCUCGCCGUUGAAACUGCUGCAACCAUAACUGCUAUUACCUAUUUAAUUGAACUAUUUUAGAGAUUUUUUUUUUUAAGGUUGAUAUUUAGAAAUACUCUAUUUUACAGGUCUCAGUUUGUAUCCUUCUUACAAAGUCCUGCUAUCAGUUAGGGUUAAUUUUAUUUUCUUAGCACAGAAUAAAGUGUGUUUAAAUGACCUUCAUUAGCAAUAGAGGAACACUAUUAAAGAUGCUGACUCAAAGAGAAACAGGAGUCAGGUACAGCAUGAUUUCUGCUGUUCUCUAUCUACUACUAAAAGUUCCACACUAACCUUGUAACCCACUUUUACCCCCUUUAGACUUGUUUUAAUGUUUUGUGUUCUGUUUAGGCCCUCUUUUAUAUAAUUUUAAGUUAUGUUCCCACUGUGUUUGUUUGUGUUUUACUUUAGUGAAAGCUGUGUACUGAAAUGACUGAAAAGAAUUGGGAGUGAAAAAAAAAGAAAAGGAUGCUGAGUGUAUAUGGUGUCGUUGCGGCUCCGAUAUUUAAAUUCAGACUUAAGUGUUAGUUAAUCCCAAGGCAAGGUAGAUCUGUAGGACGUAUGUUGUGCUGAACGUAAAAUGAUAGAUUUCGAACGAUUUCCUGGUUUUGUCUAGAGUCGUUUUUAUCUUGUUAAAGUCCAUUAAUUCCUCUCGAGUUGGAGGGAGCUUUAGAACUGUGAUCAUGUCAAAACCAAUGAAAAUGUACUGACAAAUUUCCCUUGAGGAAAACAUGUUGAUUUGUUUGCUAAAUUGAUGUGCUGUUAAGGCUUUGUGUUAUGCUGUUAAGAGGAGACUCUACUUUGCAGAAUGAAAUAUCAAACACCAAAAAAUAUGACCUGUUAAAGUCCAGAGCACAAUGUUAGUGAGCUUUUGAGCAUGUUUUUAAUGUCACCUUAAAAAAAAAAAAAAAAGCCUGCAUUCUGUGAUGAGCGAGGUUAAUGACAUUUGGUGACUAAGCAUUGGUUCAGCGCGCUGAUCCUCUGCUCAAGAGAACACUGUCUGAACUUUAUGGUCUUACUUGUUCUGCUCUCUGUAAGACAAUGUGCCUUGACUUACUUUCUCUCCAUGUUAGGCAGUUGAUUUUUCAAGUCAAGAGUACAUUUUCAAGACUACAUGAAUACUGUGUGCAUUUUGUAAUGUCAGAUUCUGAACAUACGUCAGAAAGCCUCCGCUGUGAUGACAUCAAAUAAACAACACAAUUCAA